GGGUUUGAGUACAGUGAGUAAGAGAAAGGGGGUUGAAUGGGUGGAGAGGGGAUGAAGGAAGUGGGAAUGGUGGCGAAGAAGCUUAUACGAAGCACAGGGAAAGCAGCGUGGAUCGUUGGAACAACUUUCAUCGUUUUGGUGGUUCCUCUCAUCGUUGCGAUGGACCGCGAACAACAGAUCAACGAACUCGAGUCCCAACAGGCCAGCAUCCUCGGAACCCCUCCUUCCCUUUCUUGCAUCACUGGACAGUGGACACAAUCAUGCCACUUGCAUCACCACAACAUGGCUGCCACAGCUGCUGCAGGCAUAGCAUCCUUGUUUUCUUCUUCCAUUAACACAGUCAAAUGUGUGCCCUCAAACCGCAUGUUUGCAUCUUUGACACUCUCCUAUGUAGUGGAACCUUUGUCCAUUGGGGGUACCAUUUCACACAAGUUGUGGGUGCCUAGAAUUUCAGCACAAGAAGAGAUGGUUGUGGCUUCUGAAGUUGAUGCUGCUUUAGUUGAAGAGAAAGUGGAGGAAGGAGAAGUGAUAGCAGAACAAGACACUGAAUCCUCUGACAACACUAAACUUUAUUUUGGGAAUUUGCCUUAUAGUGUUGAUAGUGCAAAACUUGCAGGGUUAAUUGAGGACUAUGGUAGCGCAGAACUAAUUGAGGUUCUUUACAACAGGGAAACUGGAAGAAGUAGAGGCUUUGCAUUUGUGACAAUGAGUUGUAUUGAAGAUUGUAAUGCAGUAAUAGAAAAUCUUGAUGGAAAAGAGUUCUUGGGAAGAACCUUGCGGGUGAACUUCUCUAACAGACCAAAACCAAAAGAACCUUUGUACCCUGAAACUGAGCAUAAGCUUUUUGUUGGGAACCUGUCAUGGUCAGUGACUUCUGAGAGUUUGACACAAGCUUUUCAAGAAUAUGGAACAGUGGUUGGAGCAAGGGUCUUGUAUGAUGGGGAAUCUGGUAAGUCACGUGGCUAUGGCUUUGUUUGCUACUCAACAAAAGCAGAGAUGGAAUCUGCCCUUGCAGCCUUGAAUGAUGUGGACCUUGAAGGACGGGCUAUGCGGGUAUGCUUGGCUCAAGGAAAACGUUCACAAGGUUAAUAGAAACUUGACAAUGCUAUGAUGAGAUGUUCAAAAUGGUGCCAUAGAAAUGAGAAGGGGAUGCUUGUAUACCAACCAUGAUGCACUUGCUUCAAUUUGCUGAGGAGUUCCUUUUCAUUUAUUGUGGUGUAUAAGUUAUUUAUUUCCCCUUUCAAACGAUUGCUGACCCAAAUGCUGUUAUAUUGUGUUUCGCAUUUUUGCUUCUACUGACAUUGGGCUACCUAUUGCUUCCUUCUUGGCUCACUAAAUGUCAUCAUUGAAUCAUAUCUUCUAAUCUAUAUAACAUUUC